UCUCUCUCUCUCUCUCACCCCCCACCUCCCCACUGUUACUCUAACAUUCUGUCAUGGCGUCCUCCAAUAACGUUACCCCCACCAAUUGUAGCUGGUGGCCCAUUUCUGCCUUGAACGAAGACGGUAAAAUUGCAGACGGUGUGGAAAAUACAGAGCCGGCUGCAGACGUAGACUCCGCACCGAGGGGCAGCCUCGUUCUUUAUCACUGGACACAGUCUUUCAUCUCGCAGAAGGUUCGCUUGGUUAUAAAUGAAAAAGGCCUCAUUUGUGAUGAGAGAGAUGUGAGCCUUCCACUGACAGAGCACAAAGAGCCCUGGUUUAUGAGACUAAACCUGGGAGAAGAGGUCCCAGUUGUCAUUCAUGGUGACACAAUUGUCAGUGACUACAACCAGAUUAUCGAUUACUUAGAGAAAAACUUUGUAGGAGAGAAUAUUCCUCAGCUUAUUCCUGAUUUGGGGACACCACUUCAUGCCAGGGUACAGCAGUACAGAGAACUCCUGGACUCUUUGCCAAUGGAUGCCUAUACACAUGGGUGCAUUCUUCACCCAGAACUCACCACAGAUUCCAUGAUUCCAAAAUAUGCCACAGCUGAAAUCCGACGACACCUAGCCAAUGCUGCCUCAGAACUGAUGAAGCUUGAUCAUGAGGAACCUCAGCUGACAGAGCCAUAUUUAUCAAAACAGAAGAAGCUCAUGGCCAAGAUUCUUGACCAUGAUAACGUAAGCUACCUGAAGAAAAUCCUCAGUGAACUAGGAAUGGUUUUAGAUCAAGUGGAGGCUGAACUGGAAAAAAGGAAACUUGAAUAUGAAGGGCAAAGAUGUGACCUAUGGCUUUGUGGACCAGAAUUUACCAUAGCUGACAUCUCACUAGGAGCCACAUUACACCGCCUCAAAUUUCUGGGACUAUCAAAGAAAUACUGGGAGGAUGGAAGCAGACCCAACUUGCAAUCCUUCUUUGAACGUGUACAGAAACGGCAUGCAUUCCGGAAAGUGUUGGGAGACAUCCAUACCACACUUCUCUCUGCAGUUUUACCUAAUGCAUUUCGAAUGGUAAAAAGAAAACCUCCAUCAUUUUUUGGAGCAUCAUUUUUAAUGGGAUCACUUGGUGGAAUGGGCUACUUUGCCUAUUGGUAUUUAAAAAAGAAAUACAUGUAGUGAAUAACUAAACCACUUUUCGGUGUUAAUGUAUUAUUGUGCAAUGUUUCAGCCACCUGUAAUAAUGUUUGAAAAAAUGGAAAAAAUAAAAUGUUAAAAAAGUAUCUUGAGAAUAAAUACAUUCCAUGACACUGAAUAAUCUACAGCACAUAAUUUAGAAGAAAAAAAAAAAAGUAUUUUCUCUUUUACAGCUUUUAGCAUUGUAAAUAACAAUCUUUUAAUUUGACAUCUUGUGAUAUGUUUGAACUACAAAACAUACAAAAAGCUGAAAUUAAUUUAAAAAGUAUUUUUUUGUUAAAAUUAAUGACCUUGAUGGAAACAAAACAGUGUUAGUGGACCUCUAAGCAAUUAAACCAGUAAAAUGUUUAAAAAUACAAUCUCAAAAAAUUGAACUGGAUGUUAUCUUCCUACCUGAGUAUCUUUUCACAAAAUCAGAAGGCAUUGCACAAGCAAUAUGUCAGUCAUGCAGUCUUGAUUUUAUGACUCCUAGCCCUACCCAAUAAAAAACUCUAAAACAUAAAAAUUGAAAGCCUAUAAUAAAUAAAUAUGCUUUAUAUUUUAGGUUCUAGUUUUAACUUUAGGGUUUUUUACAACUCCUGUUGUUCAAAAGAUGCUAUAUCUGCCUGAACAUUUUUCCAUAAAACAUGUAAAAUGAUAGUGAAUCUGUCUUUGAUGUGAUGCACUUCAGAAGAUAACAGAGUUUAGAAAUUAAAUGAAAGUAUUUCAACUCUAUAUUUAAAAUUUCCAGUCACUAAAAUAAAGUAUUCCAAUUUCAUAUGUGUUAACAUUCGCAGGACCGGCUAUCUGAGGCUAACUGUGGAGUACACUAGAGAAGCAGUUUAGUUGUUGUUUCAAAUGUGAAAGGUUAGGAAUUGUCAAACAAAAUCAACAAAAUGUUACAGCCAAAUGACUGUUUUCCCUGAAUUUCUUGAUUCGCAGUCACACAACGACUCUGUCUUCCAGUACAUUACAUUCGUUAUUUUGUCAUUAACAUUCUACUACCUACACACUUUCUACUUAAUCAAGUUGCUGCAGCAAAACUGUAAUAAAACUAAUGUUUAAUGUAGAGUGGUGAAAAUGUAAGAUAUCCAGUAAGCACGGGAAACUGAAAUUCAGCUGUAAAUGUCUAGCUUCCAACUAAUCACCUGAUUGAGAAUCUGAUAAAUGGCCUUCACUAAUUCAUACUAUUCAGAUAAGCAACAUACUAAAACAUUCAUGGCUAUAGUUAAAAUAUAUUAUUCUGAUUAAUCUGCUUGGGAAACUUAAACUACUGUGAAGCACUAAUAGUUCAUCAUGCAAUUGCAACAUAGUAGUAAACAUGUAAAAAGUGGGCCUAUGUCACAGGAAGAAUUAGAGGAACAUCAAAACCAGUGACGACAAGGAGAUUCCAUCCGAUUUAGAAGAUACUUAUUUUUUUUUUUUUUAGUUGUAUUUCUUUUACUUUGCUGCAUUAGUCAGUAAAAUAUAUAAAACCAAACAGAAUUCCAAAAAUAGAGGAUGCUUUGUUUAAUUUAUUAAGACUCAUAGAAUAAUAAAAUGUCCCCAUGGAUACAUAAAAGGUUAAACGUUUUUCUCCAUUGCUGUUAUAACUGUUUAACUAAACAAAUUCCCUUUGGCCCAAGUUUAGAAAACUAAAUAAUAAAUGACCCCUGUUUUAGAUCAUGUUGUAAACAUAGCAUACGAUACUCGCAUUUCAACCAGUGUGGGUAAGCCAGAGCACUGCUGAUCAGCUAUCUUCUUUAAGAUUGCUGAUUAUGUAAAGCAGAAAGUUAAAGCAGGGUUUACUUCUCAGGAUCAGAAUUUUUAACAUUAUUUUCAGCUAUAUAUUUGGAACCCACAUACAGUAAUGCUUCAGAUAACAUGUUUAUUUUUAUAACAUGUACUCACUGAGCACACUCAGUUAAGCAUUUUGAAAUUUGACACUAUAUUGUUUCUGUGCCAUAGCUGUGGAAUAAAACAUAGUGUUUAAAAUUUAGCACUAAUCUCUGCAUUCCAAAAAUUGACUACCUUUAAAUACGACUCCUCCACUCUUUUCAUUAUUAAUUGUUAAAACAUAACGGUGCAAGAAUUUCAGAAACAUUCUUCUUUUGUUUAUGUUCUAGUUAUUAAAAAUAGCAAGGCCUGUACACAAAAAGAAACAAAAAAAAGUGAUGGAAACCAUCAAGCAAGAAACAAACAAGAUAAAAAAAAAUGAUGAGCAUUAUUUUUUGUAAUAUUUCAUUGCCUAGAAAUGCUAAAAAGCAGGAGAAAUAGGGGUUCUCACACAAAGAGUGCUGCACCACAUAUCUGACAGGUGUUUAUUUAAUAAUUUUGGUAACCAUAGAUUGACAGCCCACCAAACACGACUACAGAAUAUGCCAAAAGAAAAUCCUUUUGCAGCCUGUAAACAGAAAAAGGCAAAGAAUUUUCAAUGUUUUGGUAAAGUGCUACAAUAUAUUAUGUAUGAUGUAUUUUUUUAUUUGUAUUUUCUUAUUUUUAUAUUAUAAAUUUGCAUUUGUUUAUUAUGCUUUUUUAAUGAUGUUGGUUCACAAGCCUUAAUUUGUUAAGUUGCCAUCAAUAAAAUAAUAAUAAUAGGA